AUGCUUCGUCAAUUCAGCGCUGGCUUGCCUACAAAGGCUCGGGCCUCGUGCUCGAAAGUCUUGGGCCAGGCUUCCAAGCUCUCGUCGGCGCGGAGGUCUAUGGCUACUGUUAAGGUCAAGGGCAUUGAAAAGGACCCUACAGAAUUGGACCGAGUCACAACACUUCCCAACGGCCUACGAGUUGCGUCAGAAGCCCUUCCCGGAUCCUUUGCCGGCGUAGGCGUUUAUAUCGAAGGUGGCUCACGAUUCGAAAACAAUUCCCUCCGCGGUGUAUCUCAUAUUAUGGACCGCCUCGCUUUCAAGUCCACAUCAAAGCGUUCCGCAGACGAUAUGCUCGAGCAGGUCGAAGCUCUGGGAGGAAACAUCCAGUGUGCCUCAUCGCGAGAGAGCAUGAUGUACCAAGCCGCUACCUUCAACAACGCCGUUCCGCCAACUAUCGAACUCCUCGCCGAGACGAUCCGCGACCCUCAGAUUACCGACUUGGAAGUCGCAGAGCAGAUUGAGACAGCACGAUAUGAGAUUCGAGAGAUCUGGAGCAAGCCUGAGCUUAUCUUGCCCGAGUUGGUGCACACUGCUGCGUUUAAGGACAACACACUUGGAAACCCGCUGCUGUGCCCGGAGGAGAGAUUAGGUGCUAUCGAUAGAAACACCGUUAUGGCGUACCGGGAUCUCUUUUACCGACCCGAGAGAAUGGUUGUCGCAUAUGCUGGAGUUGAGCACGGCGAGGCUGUCCGACUGACAGAAAAGUUCUUCGGCGAUAUGCAAAAGGGCACAAAGCAGAUCUCGGAAACGACCGGUUCAGAGACGAGCGAGAGCGAACUCUCAGAUAGCGAAACCAGCGCAUCUUCCGCCUCUUCAUCACCGCAACAAUCAUCCGGUCUUCUUUCACGAUUCUUCAAGAACACACCCCCCGCUUCUCAAAACCUUAACAAUCUCCCCUCUUCAAACGAUAUCACACGUCCCUCCAAGUAUACGGGUGGCUUCCUCUCACUUCCCGCUCAACCACCUAACCUGAGCGGUCUUCCUACUUUUACACAUAUCCACCUCGCCUUCGAAGGUCUUCCCGUGGCUUCCGACGACAUCUACGCCCUCGCCACUCUCCAAACUCUCCUCGGUGGUGGCGGUUCUUUCUCUGCUGGUGGACCUGGCAAGGGCAUGUACUCUCGUCUAUACACCAAUGUUCUGAACCAGCACGGUUGGGUCGAGUCAUGCAUGGCUUUCAACCACUCCUAUACCGAUUCUGGUCUUUUCGGUAUCUCAGCAAGCUGCUUGCCCGGUCGAACAGCAGCUAUGCUCGACGUCAUGUGCCAGGAGCUCCGCGCCCUUACUCUAACAACAGGCUUCUCACGCCUGCAGGAGACCGAGGUUGCCCGUGCGAAGAACCAAUUGCGGUCCAGUCUUCUCAUGAACCUCGAGAGCCGCAUGGUUGAGCUCGAGGAUCUCGGCCGUUCUAUCCAAGUCCACGGCCGUAAGAUUCCUGUUAAGGAUAUGUGCCGUCGCAUCGAGAACCUUACAGUGGAUGACCUCCGCCGUGUGGCCACUAUGAUUGUCGGUGGCCAGGUCAAGAACCCCGGCGGUGGAAGCGGUGCUCCUACCGUGGUGCUGCAGGAGGCCCAGGCCUAUGGUGUGAGCAGCCACACCAUGAGCUGGGAUCAGAUCCAAGACCGCAUCGACAGCUGGAAGCUUGGCAGCUCGUCGUAG